AUGGCGCCCCCACAACCAGAGCUCAAGAAGGUACGCAGCUUUCUUCCCAAACACCUCUUCCUUUCUUGGGAAUUGCAUCCAGUGCAAUCCGGCCUAUCAGUUCCAGCUCCCGUGCUAACCGUCCCGUUUCAGUACCUCGACAAGAGACUGUUUGUCCAGCUAAAUGGCAGCCGCAAAGUCAUUGGUGUCCUCCGCGGCUACGAUGUCUUCCUGAACAUUGUCCUCGACGAAGCUGUGGAGGAGAAAGAGGGCGGCGAGAAGGUCAGGCUUGGGAUGGUCGUCAUUCGAGGAAACUCCGUCGUCAUGCUAGAAGCACUCGAGAGAAUCGGCGGUGACGAUCGGCCGCAUCGGUAA